AUGCAUGACACAGAUUCUACCCAGUGCAGAGACUUAUGGGAUGGAAAAUAUAGGAAAUUCCAGUAUCUACUGAUGUGUUUGUCUUUAUCUCUUUCAGUUGACGAUUCUGGAAAAAUCAUUAUAUUUCCAGGUUACAUGGAUGGAGAACUUGCAAAAAAAUCAGAUCCCAGAGUCUCGAUUCUAAAAAGUGGAGGCACUGCAAAGUCUAAGAGUAGCGAAGACAAAAACAAGGAAGCACUAAAGAAGGAAAUCUCCUUCACAGGUUCUGAUCAGUCCUUGGCGCACAAAACAGAGAAGGAAAGAAAAGCAAAAGACACUGAUUUGGACACAGGGAAGAUAGACGUGGAGGCCAAGGUAAAGGGGAGCGACCUGGGGAUGCCGACAAGAGAGGAAGCCCAAGUAAAGGCGAGUGAGGCCGGGAUACCACAAGGACCAGCAUCUCAAGAAAAGGAGAGUGAGGUGGAAAUACCACAAGGACCAGAAUCUCAAGUGAAGGAGAGUGAGGCCAAAACACCAAAAGGACCAAAAGCGAAAGUAACGAAGAGUAAGGCUGGGACACCACAAGGACAGAAACCUCCAGAAAACACUGGGAGUUCUGAAGCUAAAGGAAACCAGGCCAAAGAAAAGGAAGAUGCAGGAAAGACUAAAGAUACGAAAGAAACUGAUGCCAAAGACAAGAAAAGUGGUGAAGGAAAGGACCAAGUGAAGGGAAAGAAAGAACCACAAGUCAAGCGUAAAAAAGCAGAAGCAAAAAAGGAGACGGGCAAUUAA